AUGGUUAAGAUCGAACUGAACAAUCCAUAUCUUAAGAGGAUCAACAAAUAUGAAAAAAGCGAAAAGAUAAAAGUAACAAUUAAAGUGAACAACCAAAUGCAGGAAAUCGAAUCCAGCAAACCAUUUGCAAUAACAUUUUCAGAGGUCAUAUGCUCACACUACAUGCGUGACAAUACUUUUCAAAGUGUUGAUUCAAAUACAGAGUUAAAAUCAUCAGAAACACUUCCAAUAUUAAAUGAUAUUUUCCAAUUUAAUGAGAAAUCAUGGGAAUGCAAUGAAAUUGUCUUGAAGGAUCUAUUUCGUGUUGGUCUCAAUUUGCAAAUCCAAGAUUUAAUUGAUUUAUAUCAAGCCCACGUCAUUAAUAAUAUGGUGAUUGACAAAAACAAUUGUAUUGAAUUGCUUGAAUUUUACUUUGAUAUUUCAGAUGAAGACAAGUUAAAAGAGUGUAUUAACUUCAUAUCAGCAAACUUCUAUGGAAUUGAUCUCGAUAAGCUCAAAUUAAUUUCCAAGAAACUUGGACUUAGCAUUCUCCAACAGAUUAUUUGCAACGAUCUCAUUUCAGUUAAGGACGAGGACUCAUUAGCCAAUUUCGUCAUUUCCUUGACUGAAGACAGCAAUAUCUUCAAUCCAUUGUAUGAAGGGAUUCAUUUUGAAUUUUGCAUCAAACUGACACUUUAUCAUCUAAAAGAAUUAAUUGAUGCAGAUAACGACAAAAAUAUCUGUGUAUCUCUUUGCCAAGCCUUAAUUAGAGUAUUAGAUGAUAGCCAAAAUGAUAUCCGCGCCUUAAAUCCACGCUCGUUCAAUCCACUGGACAUUCCUACAAAGAUUGCACAAUACAAGGUUUCAAUCGACUUCGAGCAUAUCUACAUAUUCCUUGACAAACUUGCAGAUAAUGGUUAUCAAAAUAUGAUGGUUAAAUCUUUCGAAGCUGGGCUUUGCACAAAAACAAACAAUUUGAAGAGAACUAUUCUUCAUGAAGCUGCAGCAAGAGGUAAUUUCAAACUUGUUAAAUCACUCAUUGAAUGUGGCUGCAAUAAAGAAGAAAAGGAUGAAGAAGAGAAUGGAUCUACUCCACUUAUCCUCGCAUCAAGUCAAGGCCAUCUUGACAUCGUUAAAUAUCUUGUUUCUGCUGGAGCAAACACGGGAGCAAAGAAUAAUAAAGGAUGGACUCCGCUCAUUUCAGCAGCAUGCAAUGGCCACAUUAAGGUCGUGAAACAUCUUAUUUCUGCUGGUGCCAACAAAAACGAAAAAGAUAACGAUGGAUGGACACCACUCAUUUAUGCAUCACAUGAAGGACAUCUUAAUAUUGUUCAAUAUUUUACAUCCAUUGUCGCUGAUAAAGAAGCCAAGGAUAAAUAUGGAUGGACACCACUCAUGUAUGCUUCAUGCAAUGGCCAUAUAGAAGUAGUCAAACAUCUUGUUUCAGUUAAAGCUGAUUUCAAAGCAAAGAACAGCAAUGGAGAAACAGCACUACAUUGGGCAUCCUAUCAAGGACACCUUGACAUUGUCAAGGUUCUCAUCUCUGCAGGAGCUGAUAAAGAAGCAAAGAACAACAAUGAGGAAACUCCACUAUUUUGGGCUUCAAGAAAUGAUAAUCUUUCUGUCGUUCAACAUCCAUUCUGCCAAGAAUCAGGUAAUAAAUCACAGGUUUAUGCAUCACAUCAAUGCAAUCUUGAUGUUCUUCAAUAUCUUAUCUCUGAAGGAUGCAAUAUUGAAGCAAAAGAUAAAAAUGGAGAUACCCCUCUCAUAUGCGCAUCUCGUAAUUCUAAUCUUGAAGUUAUACGUCAGCUUAUUUCUCUUGGUGCUAACAAAGAAGUCAAGAAUAAAAGUGGAGAUACCCCAAUAAUUUGUGCAACUCGAAACUCAAAUGAGGGUGCGCUAAUUCUACUUAUUUCUCUUGGAGCCAACAAAGAAGUAAAGGAUAAUAAUGGAGACACACCAUUGCUUAUUGCAUCAAGAAAUGGUCACCUCAAAAAUGUUAAACAUCUUAUCGCUUCCGGUGCUAAUAGAGAACAAAAAGAUAAGAAUGGUGAAAUUCCACUGACAGUUGCAGCGCUUAAUGGUCAUCUUGAAAUAGUCAAAUAUAUUAUAUCUGUUGCAAAUGACAGAGAAGCAUCAAGCGGCGAUGGCUGGACUCCACUUAUUUAUGCAUCACGAAAGGGAUAUAAUAAAGUUGUUAAAUAUCUUAUCGACGCUGGAGAAGAUAAAGAAGCAACGACGAAAUCUGGAAUUAAUGCUCUUAUUUUCGCUUCAAAGGAAGGUCAACUUGAAGCUGUUAAACUUCUUCUUUCUGCCGGAGCAAAUAUUGAAGCAACCAUUCCCAACAAUGGAUAUACGGCUCUUAUUUCUGCAUCACGUAAUGGACAUCUUAAUGUUGUUCAACAUCUUAAUAAUUCAAAGGCUGACAAAGAAGCAAAGUCUAAAAAUGGAAAUACGGCACUCAUUUAUGCAGCAAAGGAAGGAAAACUCGAGGUCGUCAAGUAUCUUAUUCAAAAUGGCGCUAAUAAAGAUGCAACAAAUAAUAAGGGUAAAACCGCCCUCUCAGUUGCUAAAGAUGCAACACGUGACUACUUAAAUUCUCUAUAA